CACCUCUGCCGAGCUAGCUCGGCUCCCCCGCCGCCCCGCGGAGCCAGCCCGGGAAGCCCACACGGCCGGCCGCGGCCCGGACCCCCCCAGCGGCGGCCGGACGCCUGGACGCCCGCGAGGAGCAGGGUUCUGGAUCCGAGGAAGGCAUAACCUUGUGCUCGGCCACCUCUCUCCAGCCCUGUUAGUCUCUUUGAUGCCGACCUCGCUGCUCAGCUAAGGGUCCCUGGGGUUCCGCUUCUCUAAACCCAGCCAGCUGAGUGGCCCGCGUGUGCUGUUGACACCAGGGCGUGUGAGGAGGGGCCAUCAAAGCACCAGAGCAAGAGCCCUCUGGGGCCUCUGGCAGAGGAUUGAAGCUGGCACCUUCAAGGAUUAUGAGUGAAUUUUGGCACAAACUGGGCUGCUGUGUGGUCGAGAAACCCCAGCCGAAGAAGAAGAGAAGGCGGAUUGACCGGACCAUGAUUGGGGAACCGAUGAAUUUUGUCCACCUGACCCACAUUGGCUCUGGGGAGAUGGGAGCUGGAGAUGGACUUGCCAUGACAGGUGCAGUUCAGGAGCAGAUGAGGUCCAAGGGAAACCGGGACAGGCCUUGGAACAAUUCAAGGGGCUUAUAGCUCCCAUAGAAAUAAAUGGUUCUGCUGUCUUCAAGUUCCAACUCUGUCCAGCCCAGAAGAAAUGCUGCCCUCACUUGCUCCCUGCUAGGACUUCUAGAACCCAAGGGUCCCUCCCUUCCCUCUGCCUGACAGUGCCUCUGAGGCGUGGGGGCUGGACUCCUCCUCCUCUCUCUGGCUGCCGCCCCUCCUGGAGAAGGGUCAAGGCAGCUGGACUGACCAAGUGACCCCUGGCAGGCCAGAGGAGCUCAGCGGAAGCCCUGGAACCCAGGAUCUGAGCACAGAGUUCUCUCCUCCUGAAUGACGGUCUGGGUGCCAGCUCUUUAAACUCUUAGCCUGGAACUCCCUAAGUGGGGUAGGUAGGUGAGAUUGCCAAAGCUGAAGCCAGCUUUCCUGAGAAGCUCUCUACCUCCCUGCCCUUCUCUUUCCCCUGCGAUAAUCUACAGCAGAUGUCAGCAGGGGCUGGGAGGGCAACCACUGCCCAGGCUGCUCUUUGUCUUUAGACUUCAGCCCUUAAGCACUACCCCCUCAGUGUCCCUCACUCUGCUGACACCAGGUCUUCUCUAAUCCUCUUUCUGUAGCACUACUAGCUCCCCAGCAGCAGUCCUUUUUUCUUUUAAUUAAAAAUUUAAUUUAAGAUGA